AAGGAAUGGGUGGAUAAGAUGGAGGAGGUGACUGGGAAGUAAUGAUGGGAGGACGCAGGGAGGGAGGAAGAGGACAAGAUGAGGUGGGGAAAAGGGUGGAAAAGCAGGAGGAAAAAGUGCAACAAGAGAAGGUGGAGAAAAGGAUCUGUGCUCCUCCCUUCUGCCUCAACCAUUCCCCCCCACUCGCUUUUUGUGAUCGCCCUCUCUCUCUCUCGCUCCCCCCCGAGCUUAGAGGCGCCGUAGAUUCGGUGGUUCGUUGGUCGCAGGCGCUUUCUCCUUCCCACCUGUGUCUUCCCCGCCUUUGUUGGUUCUACCUGCUCCUGCUUCUUCCAAUCUCCUGAGAUUAUUGAUUUUUCCCUUUCGUUCCCUUCUUCUGCUGCUGUUGGUGGUGGUGGUGAUUCCUCGUGGUCAUCUUCUUCCUGUCGGACGGCUUGAUCCCUUUCAGGGAUUAUUCUUAUUGAUGCAAAUGUUCUCAAAGCGAAGGCUAUUUUGAUCACCAGAGUGCAGCUGCCCAAAAAUCUUCCAUUUUCUUCCCAUGUCUUCCCCUUGAUUAUGCCAGUGGAAGAUAAGAUACCAUCCCAGUAGCUAAAAACUCUGGUCUGCAUCUGGGAAGCAUGAUCUUUGAAGUCUAGUCAAACCUCAUCCAGGUUUCUGCUUGAUAAAUUGGAAGCCAAGCAGCCAAUUGCUACCAAAUAUUAGUUAAGGUGCUUGAGAAUUUUCCGUUUUAAAGAAUGGAACAUUUUAUAAACGAUUCCGAGUCCAACAAGAUGACGCCUCACAAAUCUGAUGGAGUAAAUUCUAGAGAAUCAACACAUCUCUCGGAGUUGCCGUGGCUUGCUCAUUGGAAGCCAUCAAGCACGGAGAACGGAUCACAGGACAUCUCAAAGUUGCCAACUCCUAGCGGGAGAUCAAAGCAAACUUCUGUUGAAAAUCUGCCUCAAGGACCACACUGCAGUAAGUCUGGAACUUGUGAAGCAGAUAGGCCUGCUAGCAAAGACGACGAACAGGACAUACAGAAAGAUGAAGAGGAAUUUGUAGAGCUAAGGCCCAGCCUUCUUCUGCCUGGUGAAUGCAUAGUGGCUCGGUCCAUCAAGAGUAAGGGAAUGGAAAAAUUAUGUGACCUUGUCGGUAGGGGUCCUAAAACCACGACUCUUCCCCCUCAACCUAAGCUACUGUUAGUGAAUCAGUCACCAGCCUUCAAGCAGCCACGCGAUUCUGAUGGUCAGCGUAAAAUUUCUACGCAUGGCGUAUCUCCACUCCUUUUUCCUUCAUCUACUGCAAAUUUUGUUUUCUUAGACACUCAGCCUCCUAUGUUAUACAAAGUACUCAAGGGCUGCCAGAAGACGACUGAUCCGGGAGCUGCUUCUAGUGCAUCUUCUCCACCUCAUGCAACAGAUACAUCUUUUGGCACCAUUGCAGCAUGUAAGACUAAGACAUGGCCUUUGGCAGUGAGAGAAUGUAGUGGACAAGAAUCAAAUGUGUCCAAAGCAUGUAACGGUCAAUUCGAAGAUCUGGAAGAUCAGUCCAGCCAAGUGUUGAAAGCAAAGCAUGAAAGUGAAAACUAUAAUAUGUCUGAUUCGAAGUUGGACAGGUAUGAGUUUAUCGAGUCAGCUUCAGUUGGUCCAAAACAUGGUAAGCCAGAAUUUAAGUGUAACACUUCAAGUUUGCGUCCUUCUAUAUGCAGCAAAGAUGGAAAGAGCCAAUGUAACUUCACAGAAACCCACAGCAGUCAUAUUUCAUGCACUCAUUCAGCUCUUUGUAAGAAUAAACAAUGUGACUGUGAGAAUAAACAGUGUCAACAUGGCUGCUGUUUCACUUUUCUUGAUUCUGGAAAGCGGAUAUGCACGGCAGCAACAGCCAAUGAGGGAAACAGUGGUACUGAAAAAAAAUUUACUAGUCCAAUCCUGGGCGAUUUUCUUUUUUCAAGAGGUGAAGGUAAGCUCAAGCUGAACUUUUCUGAUAUGGAGUUCACAGCUGGCAAAACAAGCAUGCCUAAGGAUGCCAAAAUUGCAGAACUACCAGAUACAACUGUUUCAAAUGCACUGCCGGCUUGCUCUCUUCAUGGUCUGGAGACAGUAAGGGUUUGCACUACUGUGGAUAAAGUAGAGGGAGUUCCUGGUGGACCCUCAAAAUUUUCGAAAACCACUCAUCAUUUUCUUAUUACGAAGAAGACAGACAUGGCUUUUUCUAAGGAAGACCGCCUCAUUAAAAGGUCAUCAGUUGAUGCAAAGAUUGACCAGAAUUCUUUUCUUCGAUUAUUUGGCGUGUCUCCUGCCUUUUGUCCCUGUGAUAGGAAAGACACGCGGAUGAAACUUACUUCCUGCAGGGCUGCUAGGGCUGGUCUGCUGAAUGAAGACACACAUGGACAUUGUUACAGAUCCAGUGACAUUGCAGCAGAGACAUCAACCAUUCAACAGGCCAGAGCAUCUUAUCUAAAGUCUAUGAAUAAUAAUGAGGUUCAUACUGAGACUAGUGGUUUUGAAGCUUCCCUUGGGCAAACCCCCUCACAGCUGGUCUCCAAGGAUAAUUUUGCAUGGAAAAGGAAUGCUGCUAGUGUUGAGGAAAUGGCUUGUCUAGUUCACUGUACUGCCCAAGCUAGUUCUGUUAAUGUGAAGCAUGAAUCGUCAUCUGAGACUGAACCGCUAGAUUUAAACCUUGUCAUGUCCAAAGGCUUUGGUAAAGGUCUGGCUUUGACUGCCGUUAAUAAGGACAAUGUGGAAGCUGGGACCUCAUGUGAUCCUCUGGAAAGGACUACUUUCCCAAGAAAGAAACCGAGCAAAAGUAAUGUUUCACCUUCGUGCUCAGCCAUGCAUGCGUGUGAGGACAGGAAAGAAAUGUGUGCAUCAAGAACACAGAGCUUGGAUGCAGAAGACCUCCCCGCACAUGCAGAUCAACCUGACCCUUCACAAUCAGACUUCAGCCAUCCAGAUCAACGCCCGAGCAGCAGAUGGGUUAAACGUCUCAAACGUAGCCAUUUAGAAGCGUUUGGCACCAAGAGAUCGGUCGAUGGAGAUAUUUCUUCUCAUGAUAAAAAAAUUAAACUUUUCAGUAAGGUCUUCAACUACGGUAGAUCUAUCUCAAAGUCUGAACUCUCCACCGCAUGCAUUGAGAAGCAGCAGCACCAGUUGGUUGAGACAGUGAUCUUGCCAAGGCACCGCCGAUCAGCUGUUGACUUAAUGAGGGAAAGUAAGGAUAUCCUGUCUGAUCCCUGGAUCCAGAGGUGGCGUUCUGCCAAAGGUGGAGGCAUCCAGAUAGGCUCUGCGGAGGUUAUCUGUGAGCCAGAAUGCUCAAAAGUAUCCAUAAUUGAAUUGCAGGGCAAGGAGUUUCCUAGCCUGGGGGCCAUGGCCUUGAUGGGGAAGGCAUUAACCAAUUUCAGGCCAUGUGAGUUCAGGAGGAUGGGCCCCUUUGUUGUUUGGAAGACCAAAAGUUAUUGAGAAGAACCUGGUCGAACUUUUUAUACAAAACGAUCACUCCUCUCUGCCAUUUCAGAAGUGGUAAAUAAUUGUUGAGUACCUCCAUCUUGUAUGAAGACGGCCGAAAAAAAGCAAAGCUGUAACCUUGUAACUCUUUUGUAACAGCAUGGAUAGGGUCUACCAUCCAUGUGUGCUAGCUGUGGUGAUGAACUCCUAAAUACAGUUACCCAUGUAAGUAUCCCCGUACUUUCCUAUGAUUAUAAAUGCUUGCCGCUGUAUAAGCAUAACGCUGGUUAGUUCUGCUGAUCUUCUGGCACUAUCAUCACCUUAGAUGAAAUUCUAAACCGUCUGAAAACCUUCUCUCUGCUAAUGCAGAUUUAGAUGUAUAUGAAGCAUUUGCAAUUUAAUUGACAAACGCUUAUUGACUGUGA